AUGAAGGUCUCGCGCAAUGAGAUCGAGCAGCACAACAGCCGCCGCUCAUGCUGGGUGGCCAUCCACGGCGCUGUCUACGAUGUGACUGGUACGUUGCGGAUGCGAGAUGGACGGCCAACGCUGACCGACGGUCCAGAUUUUCUGGACUCUCAUCCCGGUGGUGCCCAGGUCAUCCUGCGGUGCGCGGGUAGAGAUGCCACCAGCGAUUUUGACUCGGUUCAUUCUCCUGAGUUGCUGGCUGAAGCUUUGCCAGAGACCGCCUGGCGUGGUCAGAUCGACCCGGCUGAAUUGGCCGCACCUCGCGGGCACUCUGAUGUUGAUAGUGAGAAGCAAAAGAGUGCAUCCGAUGUCCCGCCGCCGCUGAGGAAUCUCCUGAACCUCCACGAUUUUGAGGAGGUCGCGCAGCGCUAUCUCUCCGCCAAUGCCUGGGCCUACUACUCAUCGGGCGCUGACGACGAGAUCAGCAAGCGACAGAAUGCCCGGGCCUACCAGAAAAUCUCUUUGCGACCCCGAAUUCUUCGCAAAAUUACUACAGUUGAUGCUACAACGUCUAUCUUGGGCUAUUCUUCAUCUCUUCCUGUAUACAUGUCGCCUGUCGGCAUUGCCAAGCUGGCUCAUCCGGACGGCGAGUGUGCGCUGGCCGCAGCAGCGGGGAAAGAAGGUUUGGUCCAGGUGCUAGCCAACAGCUCGAGCAUGCCCAUUGAGCGGGUUGUGCAGAGUUGCGUUUCUCCAGAUCAGCCCAUCUUCCAACAGUUAUAUGUCAACCGGGAUAUCAGCAAGUCUGUGGAUCUUGUGCGGCGUGCCGAGGCCGCUGGGGCACGAGCCAUUUGGAUCACGGUUGAUUCACCGGUUGUGGGAAAGCGCGAAAUGGAUGAACGAUUGAAUCUGACUGUCACAGCUAGCGAAAGUGGCUCGCAGGGAGCCGGAGUGGCAAAGACCACGGCUAACUCGAUCUCUCCAUUCAUAGACUGGAGCAUUCUCUCGUGGCUUCGGGAACUCACCAGCCUGCCUGUUGUAAUCAAAGGAAUUCAAAGCGUCGAGGAUGCUGUGCUCGCAUACCAACAUGGCGUGCAGGGCAUCGUGCUCUCCAACCACGGCGGCCGAUCGCAAGAUACUGCCCAAUCGCCGCUCCUGACUCUACUAGAGAUUCGCAAAUUUGCGCCAUUCCUGAUCAACUGCAAGAUGCAGAUCUUUAUCGACGGCGGUAUUCGCCGCGGUACCGACGUGCUCAAAGCCAUUGCGCUGGGUGCUACAGCCGUCGGGCUGGGGAGGCCAUUUCUGUUUAGUUUGUCUGCCGGUUACGGUGAAGAUGGGGUGCGGCACAUGCUGGCGGUGUUGCGGCAAGAGAUCGAGUCCAACAUGGUGUUUCUAGGAGCAACCACACUAAGCGAGCUGAGGCCGGAGAUGGUCAACGCCAGCCGGCUGGAACGGGACUUGAUCGGCAGCGUGAAGUUGUAA